AUGCAUUGUUCAUCAUUAAGAGAAGUCCCUGGCUCAAUUUGGAAUUUACACAAUUUGCAGCAUUUGCACUUUGAUUAUUCUGCGAUUGAAGAGUUCGGAAGCUUGAAAAAGUCUCGUCUCUCGGCUAUCCCAAAGUCGAAGUACAGUGAUGAAUUGGAGCAAAUCCACCCCUCUAUUGGCAAAUUCACGAGCCUCAUUUCCUUGGACUUGAGUUUCUGUAAAAGUCUCAAGGAGCUACCGGAAGAAGUGGGCGAAUUAGAAGGACUAAAAGAACUUCUUUUAGACAAUUCUGGUAUUACAAAACUUCCUACGUCAAUCGGUUCGCUAAGCAAGCUAGAGAAACUGAGUGCCAGGUGUUGUUCAUCAUUAAGAGAAGUCCCUAGCUCAAUUUGGAAUUUACACAAUCUGCAGCAUUUGCACUUUCAUUCUUCUGCGAUUGAAGAGUUUGGAAGCUUGAAAAAGUCUCAUCUCUCAGAUAUCCCAAAGUCGAAGUGCAGUGAUGAAUUGGAGCAAAUCCACCCCUCUAUUGGCAAAUUCACGAGCCUUAUUUCCUUGGACUUGAGUUCCUGUAAAAGUCUCAAGGAGCUACCGGAAGAAGUGGGCGAAUUAGAAGAACUAAAAGAACUUCUUUUAGACAAUUCUGGUAUUACAAAACUUCCUACGUCAAUCGGUUCGCUAAGCAAGCUAGAGAAACUGAGUGCCAUGCAUUGUUCAUCAUUAAGAGAAGUCCCUGGCUCAAUUUGGAAUUUACACAAUUUGCAGCAUUUGCACUUUGAUUAUUCUGCGAUUGAAGAGUUCGGAAGCUUGAAAAAGUCUCGUCUCUCGGCUAUCCCAAAGUCGAAGUACAGUGAUGAAUUGGAGCAAAUCCACCCCUCUAUUGGCAAAUUCACGAGCCUCAUUUCCUUGAACUUGCGUUCCUGUAAAAGUCUCAAGGAGCUACCGGAAGAAGUGGGCGAAUUAGAAGAACUAAAAGAACUGAUUUUAGACGACUCUGGCCUUACAAAGAUUCCGACAUCAAUUGGUUCUUUGAAGAAUCUAGAGAAACUGAGUGCCCACCGUUGUUCGUCAUUGAGAGAAAUCCCUAGCACAAUUGGGAAUUUGCAGAGUUUGCAACAUCUGGACCUUGGUCGUUCUGCGAUCAAAAGGCUACCCACUUCUAUUGGAAGGUUGAAGAAACUGCGGACACUGAGACUCCGAUCGUGUAAUCGUCUGAAAGGGGAAAUUCCAAGUGAAAUCGGCGACUUGUCUUCGUUCGAGAUUCUCGACUGCAGUGGAGCACCUAUAACUUACCUGUCAAAAAGCAUCCAGAAUCUUUCUUCUCUCCAACACCUUAACCUAUCGAUCUGUAACAAUCUCCAGUCACUGCCAGAGCUACCUUCCAACUUAACAUAUUUGACGGCCUCUGGUUGCAGUCCCAAGUUGCCACAGCUUUCUUGCCUGAUCCACCUAGAACAACUCCAUCUUCAUGAAUGCUUUGAAGUUAAAGACCUCCCGGUGCUUCCGUCAAAACUCUUGAAACUUUCUCUUGUCACGUGUCCCGAGCUUAGUAAAUGUCAGCUUGACGGACUCAAGAAUUUGGAAGAGUUGUCGAUAGGAACAUGCCGUUCCAUAGAAAGAUUGGACCUUUCACGGUUAGAUCGUCUGAAACGAUUACGCGUGAAGAGUUGCGAUUUUCUAGUUGAGAUUCAGGGCCACGAUAACUUGAAGUUGUUGGAGGAGAUAUCUGUAAUUGGCUGCAAGUCCAUUCGAAGGCUCAUCCUUCCAAAAUUACAGCGUUUGAAGCACUUAAUGGCUUUCAAUUGCAAAAAUCUAGUUGAGAUUCAAGGUCUUGGUAUGGCAGAGCUCUUGGAGACGUUGGAUAUAAAAAAUUGCUGGUCCAUUAUUCAAGCUGCAUUUCAUGAAAUUCGGAGAAAGUCCCCCAAACACCACAGGAUGGAGAUGCAGGAAGGAAUGAUCUGCCAUGAGACAUUGUGGAAAGGAGUUCCAAAGCUCUUCGCCAUUGGCAUUUACCUUGUGCUGUGUUGCUGA